AAAACAGAGCAAAGUUUGUAAAUUUUCCGGAAAAGUUCGGUUUUUCCGAUAUCUUGGUUUGUAUAGAGAAAAGGGUUUUCAAAGAAAAGCUCUCAAAAUCUGUAGAUUCAUUGUUAUAGAAAUGGGAGCGGUGACGUCAUCAAUGGCUGCGAAGUUUGCGUUUUUCCCGCCAAAUCCGCCGUCGUACGGCGUCGAAGUGGUGGAAGGAAAGCUAAAGCUGAUUGGUGUAGAGAACGUGAAGGAGAACGUUGAAGUAUUGAAGCUGAAGACGAAGAGAGGUAAUCAGGUGGUUGCGGCGUAUAUUAAGAACCCUACAGCUUCACUAACGCUUCUUUAUUCUCACGGCAACGCCGCCGAUCUUGGUCAGAUGUUUGAGCUCUUCUCCGAGCUUAGCCUUCAUCUUCGGGUUAACUUAAUUGGGUAUGAUUAUUCGGGUUAUGGGAGGUCUUCAGGGAAGCCUAGCGAGCAGAACACGUAUAGCGAUAUAGAAGCAGUGUAUAGAUGUUUGGAGGAGAAAUAUGGUGUGAAGGAACAGGAUGUUAUCUUAUAUGGACAAUCUGUAGGAAGCGGUCCGACUUUGGAAUUGGCUUCUCGGUUACCUAACCUACGAGCUGUUGUUCUUCAUAGUGCAAUUGCUUCCGGUCUUAGAGUCAUGUACCCUAAUAUCGAGAAGAUAUCUUUUGUCAAAUGUCCGGUUUUGGUAAUUCACGGAACAUCAGAUGAUGUUGUAAAUUGGUCUCAUGGGAAGCAAUUAUUCGAUCUGUGUAAAGAAAAAUAUGAACCGCUUUGGAUCAAAGGAGGGAACCAUUGUGAUUUAGAGUUAUACCCGCAAUACAUAAAGCAUCUGAGGAAAUUUGUAUCAGCGAUUGAAAAAUCGCCUCAUCUUAGAAACGGACCUGUGCCGCAAACAGAGAAGGCGAGGAGCAGUACAGAUAUUAGAGAACCUGCAAGACCAAGCACAGAUCAAAGAGAGAAAUCAAGAACAAGCACAGAUCAAAGAGAGAUGCCGAAGCUGAGUACAGAUAAAGCGAGAGCAAGCGUUGAUAAGCGAGAGAGAACAAGAAAAAGCGUUGAUGGGACUGAUAAACCGAGUAAUUCCACGGAACAGCAACUACUACAACCAGAGAAAGGGAGGAAUAGCAUUGACAGGUUUGGGGAGAUGAUAAGAUCAGUAGGAUUUUGCAACAUAGAUUGUUUCAAGCCUACAGCAACAGCUAAGUGAGGUAAGAGAAGAAACAUGAACACACUCACAGACAUUCACACAUGGAUCCAAAACAUCUAACUUUAGUUGUUUGAUUUUGGUUUGUUAUCUCUUUCCACUUACUUCCUCUUGUGCUUUGGAAUUUAACAAGUCACUCGUCAAUGUUUGAUUCAAAAGCUUGAUUUGGUUAUUAUAAACUAUGAAUGAUACU